UGGCCUCUGUUCCGCCCGCGCCUCUCAGAUCGUCCAGGGUUUUGCCCUCCCCCUUCCAUGUGAGGGAAGAGCCGAGCCGCCGAAAACCCGGGCAUGGCUUCCUACUCGCUAUCGCUACUCCGCCGCCACUGCGCCACCUCUAGACUAUCCCUUCUCCUUCGCCGCCGCCCCUUUUGCUUCUCUUCCUCCCACACCUCUCUCCCCUCGCCGGCGACCCCCUCCUCCUCGAAGCCUCCCUCCCUCUCUGCCCGACUCUCCUUCGUCUUCGACCAGCUCGACGCACUCGACCGCUCCCGCUCCUCCGACCUCUCCGCCCGUGAUGCGGCCUUGCGCCGCAUCCAGUCCUGGCGCCGCCCAGUCCCGGCCCCCGACGUACCCCCGCCGGAGCUGGAGCCGAAGCUGGAACCGAGUGAGCCGAAGAAGUAUGCUGAAGCGGUGGUAGGAGAGCAGGAGGAGGAGGUGGACAGGAUGAGCAUGGCGGAGGUGCUGCGGAGGGAAGUGGAGCUGGUGCACCCUUGGCCCGAGUGGAUUGAACUGAUGGAACGGCUCGCGCAGCAGAAGUACUUCGACCUGGGGGUCGCUGGUAGCACCGAUGAGUCUCUAGUUGCAGCGGCAGUGCCUAUGGAUCUUUCAGAGGUCGCUGAGGAGGCCGGUUUCGACUUUUCUAGGGACUGGACCACUGUCAAGAACGCCUGCAUGAACUUCGGCCGUGACCGGUUCGACAUCCUCAAGUCAUUGCCUAGGAAGGAUCUUCAAGUAUUGGUUGCCCAUGGGUGCCCCAGCAUGGAUCCAAAAGUUGUGUUUUCUGCAAAGUUAUUAAGAAAACUUGUCCAUCUUGACGAGGGUGAUGUGUGCAGUUCUUGUAAUUUGCGAAAUCUAUGCUCAAGGGGCUAUAUCCUUACACGUAAAGAAGAUGAAGCUAGGACUCUUGAUGUUAUCCGUAUUUUAUUGAUCUAUGGUUUUGAUCAUGUAAAGGGAACUGUAGAGAACAAACCACUUCUCAAACUGAAAUCUGUGAAGACUGUUGUUCGGAAAUUAAUACAUGAUAUUGCCAAGCUGAGUGCUGUUCCUAUUGAUCCUAAUCUUCCACCCCCAGUAAUCAGGAAAUUGCCACCUAAGGUCAAGCAACCACCUCCACCACCAAAGAAACGAGUUGGACGUGAUGAUGUAGAGAUGAAGAAAGGAGACUGGCUCUGCCCAAAGUGUGACUUCAUGAACUUUGCGAAAAAUACUAUUUGCUUGCAAUGUGAUGCUAAGCGUCCCAAAAGGCAACUCCUCCCUGGAGAGUGGGAGUGUCCUCGGUGCAACUUUUUGAACUACAGACGGAACAUGUCAUGUUUCCAUUGUGAACAUGACCGCCCUCCAGAUGAAUACACCAACAGCCAAAUGGAAACUUAUCAGUCUGUGCCACGAAAACGAUUGGAAAGACCAGCUCGCAAGCCUGAGGUUUCUAAUGCGUGGAACUUUGACUUUGAUGAUAAUGAAUCAGAUGGUGCCGAUGUUGCAGCCUUUGAGUUUGCCGAUUCAUCUAAGGUCAGUGAGAGUUCAUCUGGGGACUACCCAUGCAGAGAUAAUGCUAAGGGCUCUGAGGCUCAGAAAUUUAGAAUGGAUGAAACAAGAAGCAAUGGAAGAGAGAGAAAAUUCACAGAAAAAGAUAACUCAUCUAGAGUUGGUUUUGAUGAUUUUGACAGUGAAGAGGAUGAUAUUGACAGUUAUGAGCUUGAUUUGUCAAAAGGCGGUCAGACAGGUGGUGUGUCAACGGUGAGUUAUUCUGACAUUGAGGAUGCUUCUCAGUCAGAUAACUUCAGCGGAUUUCCUAACAGUAGAAAUUCUAACUAUGGGGAAAAUGACGACGUAACAGGUUCCACUGAUGAUGAUGAAUUUGAUAGUCAGCCCUCUCUAAGAUCUAGUCAUCUUGCUGAUUCUUGGCAGAAAACCAGAGGUGGCAGUGGUUUGAACAACCACCGCAGAGUAGCAUCUUUUGGCUCGCAGAGUAAUGAUGGGGCUAUUUCUGAUUUUGAUGAGGAUAUUUACAAAAGUAGGCGUAAUCAGGGAAGUUCUAAUGCUGUUCUUGAUAUGGACUCUGACAUCGAUGAUCAAUUCCAGUCAGAUAAUAGGAGGAACAGGUCUUCAGCAAACUUCCGAGAUAAUUUUCCUGCUAGAAGCUCCAUUUCGAAUGGUAGAAACUCAAGUGGAGGCCGUUAUGGCAAGACAAAAUCAAAUGCACAGUUCAGGAGUUCGAAUAUGCAUGAUGGUGGAUCCCCCUUUGAUAAGAAUCAUAGGGGAAGAGCUAAUCAGCAAGAUACUGGCUCAAGAGGUUUACAAAGAAAUGGAAGAAGUUGGAAUAAUAGAAGUAAUUUUGAUGGCAAUGACCGAUCCCUCAGGCGUUCCAAUAUAAGGUAGGAAUAUGGCAACAAGUGGAAGCAUAAGCAUUGAAAGAACUAGAUGAAGGGAUUCAUGGAGUGAAAAAAUAUUGAUAAUCAUGUAUGGAAAUAUAUUUAUUUAUUUGAAAUUUUGAUGUAAAAAGGUGCAUUUCAUGAUUUGAAAUGUUGAUAAAAAGAUUUAGUACAAAGUUGUACUAAAUGUGUGACAAGUAAUUCCGGCCGAAGGGAGUACAUGAUUUUAAUAUGCGAUAAGCGCAUUGGCAGCUACGCACUGUGGUUGUAGCUUGCUUUCAUGUUUUGUCAUCAGGAAGGACUGUGUUUGUAGCUUGCUUUCAUGUUUUGUCAUCAGGAAGGAUGGAACUGGCAUAUGUCCUUUUUCCAUUUUGGACGUAUUGAAUUGUAAAGAACGGAUGAUCAGACCCAAGUAUGCUUGCGAUGUCAGCAUGCGAAGAUAGGUCUUGGCUUCCAUCUUGUAAAGUUAGAUGCAUUGGUUGUUUCACAGUACUGAUUUUUUGAA